GUUGACUAUCCUGCCCACAUAGUUCCUCUGUAUUCAUAAAAUAUUGUCAAAUUGUUAGUCACUUACAAUUCCUCAUAAAUUCGUGCACUGGACAGACAGAUUUCGUUGGGAAUAAGCUGGAAACGUGCAGAAAAAUACAGGUGUCUUCUUCUGAUGAUUAUUUUGGCAACACGGAGAUAGGGAAUCAUGUUUAAGAAAGGAAAAAGGAGACCAGAAAUAUCUAAGCCAAGUAACUUUGAACAUCGUGUCCAUACUGGAUUUGAUAGGGACCAGGGGAAGUAUGUUGGACUGCCUCCACAAUGGACAGGGAUUAUUAUCCCGGAGGAGAACGAUCGGAGGAAACCAAUCGUUGAUGCCUCUAGGAUCACACAUACUGAAAUUCAGCCCUUAAAGACAAUCAUUGGUGAACCAAGACAUAUGAAUGGAUAUAAUCCUGAUGUAAGGUCAAUAACUGUUGCACGUUCAAACUCAUUACGCAGAGCAAGUCCUCCACAACAAAGACGUUAUGUUCAAGAAUAUCCUCCUCUUCAAGAGGAUGAACCUCCUCCUCAUGAUAGGUCAUAUCAAAGUCGAGGUGGUCCCCCUCAGUAUGACAGAGACCAAGAGCGAUCUAGGGGAGAUCCAAGACAAGAACCUAGAGAUUAUAACCGCUAUCCCACUAACGAUCCUCGACGGGAAAUGAGAGAUCCUCGUGAUAGACAGGAUCCAAGGGACAUUCACAGAGAUCCAAGGGAUCAUAGAGACCACAGAGACCCUCGUGAUUAUAGGGAGUAUCCUCCCGAUCAAAGAGAUGGACCUCCUUUCCGUGAUGGGACAUUGGACCGAAGAUCUGAGGACCAUAACAGGAGUCAUAAUAGUUCAUUUGAUAAUAGAGACAUGUACCAUCCAAAACACAAUCAACCUCAUUUUGAUGGACGAGGUCCACAGUUUCCGUAUGACGAUUAUAAACAACACAAUCAGAUGCCUAUGAAUGGCAAUUCAAUGCAUCCUCCGGAAAGAUUGCCUCGUCAUCACGGAGGACCAGAUUCACCGCCACAUGGACCUCCUAAAAAUGGAGCAGGCUUACAGUAUGAUCGGGGUGGAGCCAAACCUUCCAACUUGCAAGUUUCACAGAAUAAUUAUUCUCCGACACCAAAAAUGCAGCCACCACCGAAAUCCCCCAACAAUACUGCACCGCCGCCUGGGUCCAUACAGGAGCAGCAGAGACUUUCACACGAGCAGUUCCGAGCAGCAUUACAAAUGGUCGUAAGUCCAGGCGAUCCUAGAGAUAAUUUGGAAAACUUCAUAAAAAUAGGAGAGGGAUCUACAGGCAUUGUGUGUAUAUGUACAUCAAAAACAACGGGUCAAAAUGUGGCAGUGAAAAAGAUGGAUCUGCGGAAACAACAGAGGAGAGAGUUGUUAUUCAAUGAGGUUGUUAUUAUGAGGGAUUAUCACCAUCCCAAUAUUGUAGAUAUGUAUGAUAGUUUCCUUGUUGGUGAUGAAUUAUGGGUAGUAAUGGAGUUCCUUGAAGGUGGUGCUCUGACUGAUAUUGUAGUCACACAAAACAGGAUGGAUGAACACCAGAUAGCCACUGUAUGUAAAGCCUGUCUGAAAGCCUUGGAUUUUCUACAUAGAAAUGGUGUUAUACAUAGAGAUAUUAAAUCUGAUUCAAUAUUACUGGCUCAUGAUGGAAGGGUUAAAUUAUCUGAUUUUGGUUUUUGUGCACAAGUCACACCAGAACUACGCCAAAGAAAGUCAUUGGUAGGAACACCGUAUUGGAUGGCUCCAGAGGUCAUUUCAAGGUUACCAUAUGGCCCAGAGGUGGACAUCUGGUCAUUAGGUAUAAUGGUUAUAGAAAUGAUAGAUGGUGAACCACCGUUUUUUAACGAGCCACCACUUCAAGCUAUGCGUAGAAUUAGAGAUAUGCCUCCACCAAAACUUAAGAAUGGUAAUCGGGUUUCACCAAGAUUACAAGGAUUCUUAGAAAGAAUGUUGGUGCGAGAUCCCAUGCAGAGAGCAACCGCGUCAGAAUUAUUACAGCAUCCGUUCUUAAGAGGAGCAGAUAAACCAUCUUGCCUUGUGCCACUAAUGAGGAGUUUCAGACAUAGUCCAUGCUGAAGAAAAAUUUUAUAAAAUAACUUUUUAAAGUGCUAGUUAUACAAGGAUUGUUAAAUUAAAGCAUGGCAUUCCACAGUAAUCUGGAUCAUAUAUAACUGGAAUGUUAUUUAGUUGUUGAGCAGACAAUUGAAAUAAUGACAGACAUACAGAAAACAUAAGAAGAGUGAAAUUGGCAAUGAAUGAUGGAACAUACCAGAAAUACAGCAUGGCAAGUCAGUGUUUACGGCAAAAUUCUUAUAUCAGAAACUUCACAUAUGAAAGAUUUGAUAUGAGCUAUUAUUCGUGAUUGUGUAAGAAUUGACAUGCACACAAAGGUUGUAUGGAUUGUUAAGUGUUAAAUUUGAUUGGAUGUUUAUCAUUUUAAAACAAGUUUAGAGAAUUUAUAAGUAAAUAUCAAAGCGUUGUUCAUACUGUGUGGAAGGAUGGGAAUGUGAUUGUUUAUAUUCAUGGGAGUCAUGUGUUAGUCCCUGGAUAGUGUUUAUUUAUCAUUGCCGUUAGGUUGUUUUGUUUGUUUAGUUAACUGCCGUGUUAUAAAUAAAUCAUAUAUUAAUAAUAGUCAAAUAUCGUGAAUAAUAUAAAAGUAAUAAGCCAGUUAUUUAUAUUUUUUGUUUUUGUUUAUUGCUAAUGUGAAUUAUAGUCACCUUACAUUUGUAACCAUAUAUUGCAUUUGCCAUUGUAAAAAUGUACAGAAAAGGUGACUUUGUGAAAAUCUCUUUAGCUGGUGUUGAGUGAUUCACUGUGAAUGCUGGUGGUUGUCAUUUGUUUCCAUAGUACACACAAGGUGACUUAGUGAAAAAUCGCUGUUGCUGGUGUUGAGUGGAUCAAUGUGAAACUGUGAUUGCUAGUGAUUUUUGUUGACAAAACUCUUUGAUUUAUAACCCAGUGAUAUAUAGCCUAUGAAUAAUUCAUAGAAAUUUCAGAGUAAAUCACUUAAAAUCACCAAGAUUCACCCUGAAAAAUUGCCACUAAGAGUGAUUGUUAACUGAAUAUAGUUUAUUUGCAUACAUUUCCACACCCGAUUCCAGGGUUUAAAAUUUGAAAACAUUAACAGCCUUCCUCUUACACCUCAUAUUUAACUGAUAACUUUAUAUCUGUAUGUUUCAUUGAAUCUUGAAUUUUAUUGGUGCAAAUUUCAUCAUGUGACUUUAAUUUAGAUUGAUUCUUCAUAAUCAUGAUAAUCCAGUUAAAACAAAAUUUAAGUUAACACAUUUUCAUGAUUUUAUUUUAUCAGUACAUCAGCAAUGCUAUUGAGCAGGAAUUUUUGCAACUGAUAUUAAGAAAUUAUUAAAUAUGAAUAAUGUUUUUUUAUCGAUUGUGUAAAUACAAAUAAGAAGAUGUGGUAUGAGUGCCAAUGAGACAAGUAUACAUUUUAAGAUUUAAAUGCAUCUUUUUUCUUUUUUCGCAUGGUUGUAAAAGCAUGGACUGUUUGUGCAGUUUUUUGUGCAUCAUUCAAAAUGCGCCAUGAUCAACAUUUAAUAUUUCAAUGAACUUACAAAAAGAAGCAUUAAUACAGUUAAAUCUAAUUGUUCAAAAAGAUACGAAGUCAUGUUCAAAAAGUUGAUUUCAAACCCUGUUCAUACAGUACAAACAAAUGACCAAGUAAAAAAUAUCAUGUGCACUGUACAUUAUUGUUGGUCCUUAAUUUCUUACCACUAACCCUGGAAUAAAUCAGUCAUUGAAAACUAAGCAAAUAGACUGACUUCAUGUUCUAAGUCUUUACAUUGUAUAUAAGUUUGGUGAAAUUUAAAUCAUCAUUUGUUUUGUUUGUAUGGAAAGUGUACUCAUUAUUACGUUGAAUAAGUUACAGAUGUCUGUCAUUAGCUGAAUGUUUACAGUUAUCUCCCAGAGACCACUGAGACAAACUCACAUUCCAUACAUUACCAUGAUCGAAUUGAUACUUUUUUAAACAUUUUUUAGGCCAAAAUGAUAUAUACAUGUGUAAUUGAAAUUAGUAUUUGUAUUGUAAGACCACCAAGAAAAUGAUUUUGACAAAUUGUAAAAAAGUAAUGGAUUUUUGUCAUAAAUUGGGUUGUUAACUACAUGUUUUCACAUUUGCUGAUACAUGCAAGUUGUAUUGUGAACUUUUUUUAUGUAUAAUAUACUAGUAUAAAUUUAUUAUCCCCUGACCCAACUAGGUUUGGGAGGGAAUAAAACAUGUUUGUUCAUUCUUUAGUUCUAACAUACAUUUGUCCUGGUUAAGUUUUGUCUUUAAGAUCUUAAUUUAAGCAACUACAAAUCAUAGAGGAUAAUCAUUUGUCAGUUGAUGCACAUGUUUAUCGAUUAAGGUACACACAUGAAUUAUGAGACCUUGACCUUCACUCAGUAAUGUAUUCAAUUUGAAAACAAACAAUAAUAACAUGGCAAGGGGAUUAGCUGUCAAUUAUGACCAUUUCUUUUAUAUUAUCUAAAUAUUAAUUUAAAAGUCAUUUAGAUUUCAUGAUGGGUUUGGUUUGUUUUUUUUGGGGGGUGUUCCUUUUUUUUUUGUUACAGGAUAUUUGGAUACUGAUUUCACAGUGUAAUUAUGCAACAGUGUGUUGAGAUUACCUCUAUUUUACAUUUUUUGGAGGGUACCCCCAACAUUACCAUUGUACAUUAUAUAUUGGACAAGUUGUUGCUUGUAUAUUUCCGUACAAUCAUUGUCAUACUGUCAUGGGCAUUGCUUAAACUCAAAAUUAAUGAUCUGUAGUUUCAAUACAUGGAAUCUUUACUGGAAAUGAAUGAUUAUUAGGGGUUCAGUAAAGGGAAUCUGUACUUACCAUUGCUUUUAUCAUGUUAUUAGCUGUAAAGGUAUAUAUUGUUAACUUUUAUAUGAUAUUAUAUAUAUAUACAGACUUUAUAUAUGUACAUAUCAAACCCUAUAUAUAUAUGUUAUAUAUAUAGGAAUGCAUGGUUGUUCUCAUAUUUAUAAAUUUUAAAUUAUAUUUUCAUCAAAUAAAAGGUUGUUUUUUUAAGAGUUAGAAUUUAUAACUUUUAUAUUUUAAUGAUAAUUUCUGUGAUUAUUUGUAAAUAAAUAGGAACUAAUAGGUUAGUGAGAGCUUGUAGAACAAAUAUUAUUUUGAAAUACUAACUUUUCUUUUUUUGUAGUAUAUGUUAAGCCUAACUAUGGGUGCAUUUAUUUAUUUUAAGCGUAAAACUUUUGAUUUAUUGAGAAUAUGUUAUCCUAAAAUGUAAAUGAAGUACCAGUUAUUGAAGCUUUCAAGAGUUCAUCUAAGCAUUGUACUAAGUUUGGUGAUGGUUGACUGUGACUUGGGCUCUGUUUUGGUUAUAAGAUUGUUAUUAAGGUUACAGACAAAGACACGUCAUUAAAUCUCAUUCACCACUUUGUUUAGAAAUUACCAACUUUACUUUAAAUCCAUAUUUUAUAAUGUCUGUCAGUCAAUAUGAUUUUAAGAAUGUUAGAAUAUAUGUUCUUCCAUAAAUAUCUUUUCCAUGGAUACUUUUUACUGCAAAUUAGAAUUUUUCUUAUGUAGUUAUUUAAUUGUAGCCAUGAGAACAAAUAGCAUGGAUUAUUAGGAACAAAUGAAUUUGAAAAAAUGAGACCAAUCAUCGUACUUCAACAAAAUCGUCAAUUACUGAACAUAUUGUCACAAGUUGAAUUUUGCAGCAUGUUUUUUUUUAGUUUUUUUUUACAUUGAAAUCUUGUGUAAUAAACAGAUAUUUUGAUAAAUGCACGAAUAAUUUAUUAAGAAUGUCUUUGAGGAAAUGAAAUUUUAUCUAAAUUGUAAAACUUAUGAAAUAAUUUUUCGCUUCAUUUGAACAAAUGAUUUUUUUUUUUUAAGAAAUAUUGACAAUAUUUUAAACAUUGAAUAUAAACAUUGAAGCUGCCAGUUGUAAAUACAUAUAUUGUAUUAUUUCAUCUGUAAUAAAAAAUAUUCAAAGUAUAAUUUUGAAUUUUUGAAUGUGGCAUAAUUUACCAGCAUGAUGCUCAAUUCAUUCCUUCAAUUUAUCAAACAGUGGCACAAAAUUUCAUGUAUCAAGAAACAAGUUUACAAUAAUAUAUAUUGGCAGUAGGACAUAUAUGUGUAUGUGUGUGUGUGUGUAAUACUUUUUGGUGCAAACUUUAGCAUGACAUGAUAAUUUCAUACACCAGUUGACAAAUUAGUUGGCAUUGCAUUUAUCAGUGGUGUGUCAUAUCAUUUCACUUUAUGAUUUCAGUAUUAAAAAUCGUCAUAUGUAGUACAAAACAUUUCUGCCCCAAGACUGUUUUUAAGCAGCUACACGUCUUGCUUAGUUUAAACAUAUUUUGUCCAUGUGAAGAAGAAAAAAAAUGUUUAUACUAAACACAACAUGUAGUUGCUUCAAACAGUCUUGGGGCAGACAUUUUGUUAAAGCCAUAUCAUGCAUGUAACUAGAAGGGGCUGGGGGUUUUGCAGGCUAGUUUUUGUCAAAUUUUUGGUAAUUUGAAAACAAAUAUGAAGAAAAAGGGCAUUCCAACCCCAUAAACCCAUGAAAACAUAAUUUGACACUGAAAAAAUAGGAAAAGAUGAAGAGUAGUGUUUACCAUCGCUGCCACAUAUAGUCAGGCUACCUGAAAAUUCUAAUUUCCUUUGAGUUUGGCCCUAUGAUUGUUUUUGUUACUUUGUGAACACUUUUUAAAUGGAUAUACUAGAUGUAAUAUUUGUUUUAAAUAACUUGUAUGUAGAAAAUAAAAGAUUACUAAUGAAAAAGGCAAGGUUAGGAGCAAUAUAUUUGAAUUUAAAGUCAAUGUUUUAAUAAAAUGUGCCUCUUAUUUGCAAAAGAAGAUAAAAAGAAUCAUGGUUAACAGCUGAUUUAUGUCAAGUUGAUAAAUAUUUAUAUGGUGUUUACAAGCUUUUUAAGAAGCUAAAACUUUGUCUUUUCUGUUUAUCAAAAAUCAUAAUUCUGGAAAUACUUCACUCUCCAUAAAAUAUUUGUUUGAAAAUCAUUAAAUCUGUUAAUUAUAAUGCAGUGCCAGGUGACACUUAGUUUUGCACACAUGAAUAUAAAUUUUCAUUCUCUCAUCAUGGAAGGUCAUUUUGUUUCAUAGUAACUCAGUCAGUUAGAAAAAAGAUUAAACCAGAAAGUUACCAGAUCCAUUGAGUUAGAAAAAAGAUUAAACCAGAAAGUAACCAGAUCCAUUGAAAAAGAUAAAUUGUCAUUAAACACCCAACUGUUUUCUCUAAUUGUACAGGAAAUUUUUCAGGAAACCAGUGGCUCUUUUCUCAAAAAAUCCUAGAGUAAAUACCUGUAAGCCAUUUUAUCAUUUCAGCCUGACUUACGUUGUAUUUUAAUCGUGAGAUUACCAGGGAAAAGAAUCGCAGAUACGGUUCCACAUCCCUAGUUUAUUUGUUUCAUAUUUUCACAAUUUUUAUAUAGAAACAUGUUGAUUUUGGGAUUGAAUUUUUGCAGAUCAAUUUAAAAUGCAAAAAUAGAUACUUGUAUACCUCAAUUAUUUACCAGCUUGCAGGAGUGAUAGAACAUUUUUGACAUUCCAUAGAAAAAGUAAUUAUAAUAAUGGUUUUCUAAAUAAUAGCUUACAUUUCUCAAUGGUAGAUUUAAUACCAAAUCAGUUCAAUUAUAAAAUAAGCUUAAUAAUUGAUUAUGAUGAAUGAUUAAAAAUGUUUAUUUUGCCACAUCAAAGAUGUGCCACAUACUUUUGAUAGUUGGGACACUUUUUCUUCAAGUCUCUUCGAAAAAAGCCAGAAAGUUGCCAAACACAAUAUAAUUUAUCCAAAACAAUGUUUUUAAAAUGUGUAUUUUUACAUCCUGGGUAUUCAGAUGCUUAUAAGGUUGCUAUGGGCACUAGACCAUCAAAAGUUUUCUUUCACAUUGAUUAAUUGAAAUGUAAAAACAAAUUAUUUUAUUAACACAACAUAUUUUUUUUGUACACUAAAGUUUAUAAAUAUUUUAAAUAUAAUUACAACUUGAUAAUGUAAGAAACUUGAGUUUAUUCAUGGAAGUAAUGUUUACUAAUAUAAAAUUUAUAUAAAAGUAUUGUUAUAUCAGGAAAUUUAUGUAAGGCAUUAAUUUUACAACAGGAAAAGACUUAUUUUUUACACUAGAAAUAUGACAUUACAUUGAUUAAUCAAGAAAAUUUCAAUUCAAGUUUAUGAUACAGUAUACAUGUACUAGGAAAUUAAUACAUUCUGGACGAAGAAAUAAUUAUGCACAUACCGUAGUCUUUUUAUGACUUGUACAUUUUUGUAAAUUCUUUUUUAAUAAUGCUGUAAAUAUAUUGCUACUAAAACUUUACAGAAUGGUAAAGGAAAUAAAAUAAAAUAUAUCUUUUACAUAAGUAAA